AUGGCGGAGGUGGUGAGUCCGGUGCCCGGGGCGGGGCGGAGGGAGCCAGGGGAGGUGGGUAGAGCCCGAGGACCCCCAGUAGCCGACCCUGGCGCCGCGCUGUCUCCCCAGGGGGAGAUAAUCGAGGGCUGCCGCCUGCCUGUCCUGCGGCGGAACCAGGACAACGAGGAUGAGUGGCCCCUGGCCGAGAUCCUGAGCGUGAAAGACAUCAGUGGUCGGAAGCUCUUCUACGUGCAUUACAUCGACUUCAACAAACGGCUGGAUGAGUGGGUGACCCACGAGCGCCUGGACUUAAAGAAGAUCCAGUUUCCCAAGAAAGAGGCCAAGACACCCACCAAGAACGGGCUUCCUGGGUCCCGCCCCGGCUCUCCAGAGAGAGAGGUGCCGGCCUCCGCCCAGGCCAGCGGGAAGACCUUGCCAAUCCCGGUCCAGAUCACUCUCCGCUUCAACCUGCCCAAGGAGCGGGAGGCCGUCCCGGGCAGCGAGCCCGACCAGCCGCUGUCCUGCAGCUCCUGCCUGCAACCCAGCCACCGCGCCACGAAACGGAAGGUGGAAGUGGUUUCACCAGCAACCCCGGUGCCCAGCGAGACAGCCCCGGCCUCGGUGUUUCCCCAGAACGGCUCGGCUCGUAGGGCAGUGGCCGCGCAGCCCGGGCGGAAGCGGAAAUCCAACUGCUUGGGCACUGAUGAGGAUUCCCAGGACAGCUCCGAUGGCAUUCCAUCCGCCCCACGCAUGACUGGCAGCCUGGUGUCGGACCGGAGUCACGACGACAUCGUCACCCGGAUGAAAAACAUCGAGUGCAUCGAGCUGGGCCGUCACCGCCUCAAGCCCUGGUACUUCUCCCCGUACCCCCAGGAGCUCACCACGCUGCCCGUCCUCUACCUCUGCGAGUUCUGCCUCAAGUACGGCCGGAGCCUCAAGUGUCUGCAGCGUCACUUGACCAAGUGCGACCUGCGGCACCCUCCGGGCAACGAGAUUUACCGCAAGGGCACCAUCUCCUUCUUUGAAAUCGAUGGCCGGAAGAACAAGAGCUACUCCCAGAACCUGUGUCUUUUGGCCAAGUGCUUCCUGGACCACAAAACAUUAUACUACGACACAGACCCCUUCCUCUUCUACGUCAUGACGGAGUACGACAGCAAGGGGUUCCACAUCGUGGGCUACUUCUCCAAGGAGAAGGAGUCCACGGAAGAUUACAACGUGGCCUGCAUCCUGACGCUGCCUCCCUACCAGCGCCGAGGCUACGGCAAACUGCUGAUCGAGUUCAGUUACGAGCUCUCCAAAGUGGAAGGGAAAACCGGGACCCCCGAGAAGCCCCUCUCAGACCUCGGCCUCCUGUCCUACCGAAGCUACUGGUCCCAAACCAUCCUGGAGAUCCUGAUGGGGCUGAAGUCGGAGAGCGGGGAGCGGCCGCAGAUCACCAUCAACGAGAUCAGUGAGAUCACCAGCAUCAAGAAGGAGGACGUCAUCUCCACCCUACAGUACCUCAACCUCAUCAACUACUACAAGGGCCAGUAUAUCCUGACACUCUCUGAGGACAUCGUGGACGGGCACGAACGGGCCAUGCUCAAGCGGCUGCUCCGGAUCGACUCCAAGUGUCUGCACUUCACUCCCAAGGACUGGAGCAAGAGGGGGAAGUGGUGACCAGACACGGCCCCCUGGGGCUGAAAGCCCAGCCUGCCCCCCAAGGACAAAGAUGCGCAGGACUGGAGGGCCAGCGCCAGAGCACGCUCAGGCCUCGGGCAGACUCCGUGGGCAGCUGUCUGCGGGGCCAGGGACCAGAGAGAAGCCGGCAGCUGUGUACAGUGAGGACAGGCUUGGUGUAAAGAUUUCUUUUGUAAAACAGGUGCUGGGAGUGGGCGGGGCCCGGCUGCAGAAAGCAGACUCCCACCCCCACCCCCCAACAAUAAACGGUUUCUACAGGUCAGG